CUUCCAGAGGCUCUCAACGAUCUCUUCAUCUACAGAAUAAUUAACUGCCAUGAAGAUUUUGCCAGUUAUCUCUCUUCUCUAUGCUAUGUUUGCUUUGAGCAUGGCUUCAGCACUCAUUGUCCUGAACCAUAAUGGUAUAGAGGCCAAGAGGUAUUCAGUAUGUGAGGGCCAGACGGGGCACCUCUCCUGUGGGUGGGGUUCCAUCAAGGUGAUCUCAGCCAGCUAUGGACGCAGCAACAGAGACACCUGCAGCAGUGGACGCCCGUCAAGCCAGCUUUCCAACACCCAAUGCCACCAGCACCAGUCUCUACGCAUUAUGUCAGACAGGUGCAAUGGCAUGUCAAGUUGUGCUGUACCUGUGACCAACAUGGUGUUCUCUGAUCCCUGUGUUCGGACAUAUAAAUAUCUGGAUGUAUCUUUUGUAUGCGACCCAGUCAAAAGAAGUGUCACAUGUGAACACAUGCAAAAUGUUAUCAGCUGCGAGGAGGGAAGCCUGAUCAUUCAUCACGCCAACUAUGGAAGGAGAGAAAUCUUGACCUGCCCCCAUAGAUAUGCAAAGACCUCCCACUGUUAUCACUCUCAAACAGACAACCUACGCUCCAGGUGCAAUGGGAAGGAAUCAUGUCAAUUACAUGCUUCAAAUGCUGUCUUCUCUGAUCCCUGCCCCGGUGUCUAUAAGUACUUGGAAGUGACAUACAGCUGCACACUCUCAGAAAUGGAAGUACCAGUGUGUACCUAAAACGGUACAAAUGCUUGUCGCUGGGGCAGUACCCUUUUGAAGUACAAUAAUGUACCCCUAAUGCAGGUACCGUUUGGUACCCUAGCCAUUUGUACCCAUCAAGGUACACUUGUGUACCUGCAAUGACCGAAAUGUACCUGUGUAUGUCAUUACAGCAUAGCAGCCUUAAAAGGUACUAAUCUGUACUUUAAGGGUACAACCCCAGUGAAAAUUUAAGGUGGUAUAAUUGAAAUGUAUUCACACAACCAAUAAGUAAAUUAAAAUGUUUAUUCUGAGAGAAAAAUCACUUUGUGAUAUUACACACAAUACUCCACAUGAAUACAGGUACAUAAAAGUUAACACAUUCAUAUCAAAACAUCAAAGUAUCUUACAUUAAUCAAUAUGCAUAUUAACGUAAAACAUGUUGUAACUCUUUAUGUAAGUGUAAAUAUAAAACAGUUUGAUCUCCAAUA